GUAGCAUAGAUCAGUCAGUGCUAAAGGAGUUGCCUCCUGAGCUGCUGGCAGAAAUUGAAUCCACCAUGCCACUUUGCGAACGUGUGAAAAUGAACAAGCGCAAACGUAGCACAGUUAAUGAGAAACCCAAAUACGCUGAGAUCAGUUCUGAUGAAGACAAUGACAGUGAAGAAGCUUUUGAAUCUUCUCGGAAAAGACAUAAAAAGGAUAGAGAUGCAGCCUGGGAAUAUGAAGAACAUGACAGAAGAAGUUCUGGUGAUCAUAGGAGAAGCAGUCACUACCAUGAAGGAAGGAGGACUUCUGGUAGCAGCCGUUACCGUAAUCGCAGUCCUGAUGACUCUGAUAUGGAUGAUUAUUCUCCUCCUCCGAGCCUCAGUGAGGUGGCUAGAAAAAUGAAGAAAAAAGAAAAACAAAAGAGGAGGAAAGCUUAUGAACCUAAACUAACACCUGAAGUAGGUCUUCUUCAGUUGGCUUUUUCAUUUUGGCUAUGAAACACUGCUUUCUUUGAUGUCUUAUUAGAAAGAUGAUUAUUAAUUUUCUUUACCUUUUAUUUUUUUAAAGGUGAUGAUGAUGAGAUUCCACAGGAAUUGCUACUGGGAAAACAUCAGCUUAGUGAGCUGGGUAGCGAAUCUGCAAAAAUUAAGGCAAUGGGCAUUAUGGACAAGCUCUCAACAGAUAAAACAGUAAAGGUCCUGAAUAUUUUGGAGAAGAAUAUUCAAGAUGGAUCAAAGCUUUCGACAUUACUUAACCAUAACAAUGACACUGAAGAUGAAGAGAGGUUAUGGAGAGAUCUUAUUAUGGAAAGAGUGACAAAGUCUGCUGAUGCUUGUCUCACAGCUAUCAAUAUUAUGACCUCACCAAAUAUGCCUAAAGCUGUAUAUAUCGAGGAUGUAAUAGAGAGAGUUAUUCAGUACACAAAAUUUCACUUGCAGAACACUCUCUAUCCUCAGUAUGACCCUGUGUAUAGAGUGGAUCCUCAUGGAGGUGGUGUUUUAAGUUCAAAAGCAAAGCGUGCCAAGUGUUCCACCCACAAGCAAAGGGUUAUAGUGAUGUUGUAUAAUAAAGUUUGUGACAUUGUCAGCAGUUUGUCAGAGUUGCUAGAGAUACAGCUUCUUACUGAUACAACUAUUCUUCAGGUAUCAUCCAUGGGAAUAACACCAUUCUUCGUAGAAAAUGUCAGUGAACUACAGUUAUGUGCCAUCAAAUUAGUAACUGCAGUGUUCUCCAGGUAUGAAAAACACAGGCAGUUAAUACUGGAAGAAAUUUUCACUUCCCUGGCAAGACUACCAACUAGCAAGAGGAGUUUGAGAAACUUCAGGUUAAACAGCAGUGACACUGAUGGAGAGCCGAUGUAUAUUCAGAUGGUAACAGCGCUAGUUCUGCAGCUUAUUCAAUGUGUUGUGCACUUACCAUCAGCAGAAAAAGAUUCUAAUUCAGAGGAGGAAUCAAACAAAAAAGUGGAUCGAGAUGUGGUUAUUACUAACUCAUAUGAAACAGCCAUGAGAACAGCACAAAACUUCCUUUCUAUUUUCCUUAAGAAGUGUGGUAGUAAACAAGGGGAAGAAGAUUAUAGGCCACUGUUUGAGAACUUUAUUCAAGAUCUUCUUUCCACAGUCAAUAAACCAGAAUGGCCAGCUGCAGAGUUGCUACUUAGCUUAUUAGGAAGGCUGUUGGUUCACCAGUUCAGUAAUAAAUCUACAGAAAUGGCUUUAAGAGUUGCAUCCCUUGACUAUCUUGGAACUGUGGCUGCAAGGCUGAGGAAAGAUGCGGUCACUAGCAAAAUGGAUCAAGGCUCUAUAGCCAGAAUUCUCAAGCAGGUUUCAGGAGGAGGAGAUGAAAUCCAGCAGCUGCAAAAGGCUUUGCUAGAUUAUCUGGAUGAGAAUACAGAAACUGAUGCUUCAUUAGUGUUUUCUCGGAAGUUUUACAUAGCUCAGUGGUUCCGUGAUACAACCAUGGAGACAGAGAAAGCCAUUAAGUCUCAGAAGGACGAGGACUCGUCCGAAGGAAGUCACCAUGCAAAAGAUGUUGAGACUACAGGACAAAUCAUGCACAGAGCAGAAAGUCGCAAAAAAUUUCUCCGCAGCAUCAUUAAAACUGCUCCAUCUCAGUUCAGUACAUUAAAGAUGAAUUCUGACACUGUGGACUAUGAGGAUGCGUGCUUGAUUGUUCGCUACUUGGCCUCUAUGAGGCCGUUUGCCCAGAGCUUCGAUAUUUAUUUGACACAGAUUCUGCGUGUACUUGGUGAAAAUGCAAUUGCUGUUCGAACAAAAGCCAUGAAGUGUUUGUCUGAGGUUGUUGCUGUAGAUCCCAGUAUUCUAGCCAGGCUGGAUAUGCAGCGAGGUGUUCACGGCCGGUUAAUGGACAACUCCACCAGCGUGCGAGAGGCGGCCGUGGAGCUGCUCGGCCGCUUCGUGCUCUGUCGUCCCCAGCUUGCUGAGCAGUAUUACGACAUGCUGAUUGAAAGGAUAUUGGAUACUGGUAUCAGUGUCAGAAAAAGAGUCAUAAAGAUACUUAGAGAUAUCUGCAUUGAACAACCAACUUUUCCCAAAAUUACAGAAAUGUGUGUGAAAAUGAUUCGGAGAGUCAAUGAUGAAGAAGGCAUUAAGAAAUUAGUAAAUGAGACAUUCCAGAAGCUCUGGUUUACUCCGACUCCACACAGUGACAAAGAAGCAAUGACCAGGAAGAUCCUAAACAUCACUGAUGUGGUUGCAGCUUGUAGAGAUAAAGGGUAUGACUGGUUUGAACAGCUUCUUCAAAAUUUAUUGAAGUCAGAAGAGGAUGCCUCAUAUAAACCUGUGAAGAAAGCCUGUACUCAACUUGUUGACAAUUUGGUUGAGCACAUCCUUAAAUAUGAGGAAUCUUUAUCAGAUUCUGACAACAAAGGGGUGAAUUCUGGUCGCUUGGUUGCUUGCAUAACCACUUUGUUCUUAUUCAGCAAAAUCAGGCCCCAACUAAUGGUGAAACAUGCCAUGACCAUGCAGCCAUACCUGACCACUAAAUGUAGCACUCAGAAUGAUUUCAUGGUGAUCUGCAACGUUGCAAAAAUCCUAGAGCUCGUAGUUCCACUAAUGGAGCACCCAAGUGAGACCUUCCUUGCCACUAUUGAGGAAGAUCUCAUGAAACUCAUCAUCAAAUACGGCAUGACGGUUGUUCAGCAUUGUGUGAGCUGUCUUGGGGCUGUUGUGAACAAGGUCACACAAAACUAUAAAUUUGUGUGGGCCUGUUUUAAUAGAUACUAUGGUGCACUUUCCAAACUAAAAAGUCAACACCAAGAAGAUCCCAACAGUACAAUACUUACUGCCAAUAAACCAGCACUCCUCAGAUCACUUUUCACUGUUGGAGCAUUAUGUCGGCAUUUUGAUUUUGAUCAGGAAGACUUUAAGGGUAACAGUAAGGUUAACAUUAAGGAUAAGGUACUUGAACUUCUGAUGUAUUUUACGAAGCACUCAGAUGAGGAAGUACAGACAAAAGCCAUUAUUGGCCUUGGAUUUGCAUUUAUACAACACCCAAGUUUAAUGUUCGAACAGGAAGUGAAGACUCUGUACAACAGCAUUCUUUCAGAUAAGAACUGCUCAGUAAACUUAAAAAUCCAGGUGUUAAAAAACCUCCAAACCUACUUGCAGGAGGAGGAUACACGGAUGCAGCAGGCAGAUAGAGAUUGGAAAAAAGUAGCAAAACAGGAAGACCUGAAAGAAAUGGGUGAUAUUUCCUCAGGGAUGAGUAGUUCCAUCAUGCAGCUGUAUCUCAAACAGGUCCUUGAGGCUUUCUUUCAUACCCAGUCCAGCGUGCGCCACUUUGCUCUAAAUGUCAUCGCACUGACGUUAAACCAAGGUCUCAUUCAUCCCGUGCAGUGUGUGCCGUACUUAAUUGCUAUGGGCACAGAUCCAGAGCCCUCUAUGCGAAACAAAGCUGACCAACAGCUGGUGGAAAUAGACAAAAAAUACGCUGGGUUCAUUCAUAUGAAAGCAGUGGCUGGUAUGAAGAUGUCUUACCAGGUACAACAGGCGAUUAAUACCUGCCCAAAGGAUCCUGUGAGAGGCUUCAGACACGACGAAUCAUCCAGCGCUCUGUGCUCACACCUGUACUCCAUGAUCCGCGGGAACCGUCAGCACAGAAGAGCCUUCCUCAUUUCUUUACUCAACCUCUUUGAUGACACUGCAAAAACGGAGGUGAAUAUGCUCUUGUAUAUAGCAGACAAUCUAGCCUGUUUUCCCUAUCAAACACAGGAAGAGCCACUGUUUAUUAUGCAUCAUAUAGACAUUACAUUAUCAGUCUCUGGUAGCAACCUACUACAGUCGUUUAAAGAGUCCAUGGUGAAAGACAAAAAAAAGGAAAGGAAACCUUCAUCAGAUGAGGAGACUGAGAGCGACAGCAACAGCGGGAGGGAGAGUGAGGAGGAACCUUCCAAGCCUCAGAGGUCGCAGAAACGAGUAGACUCGGAUUCAGACUCUGAUGAAGAAAAUGAUAUAAAUGCUGUGAUGAAAUGUUUACCCGAAAAUUCAGCUCCUUUAAUUGAGUUUGCAAAUGUCUCUCAAGGCAUAUUAUUACUUCUGAUGCUGAAACAGCAUUUAAAGAACCUCUGUGGAUUCUCUGAUAGUAAAAUUCAGAAAUAUUCUCCAUCUGAAUCGGCAAAAGUUUAUGAUAAAGCGAUAAACAGGAAGACGGGAGUGCAUUUCCACCCCAAACAAACGCUGGAUUUUCUGCGGAGUGAUAUGGCUAAUUCCAAGAUCACUGAAGAAGUGAAGAGGAGUAUAGUAAAACAAUACCUAGAUUUCAAGCUCCUAAUGGAACAUUUGGAUCCUGACGAAGAGGAAGAAGAUGGGGAGGUGUCAGCUAGCACAAAUGCUCGAAACAAAGCAAUUACCUUGCUGCUUGGAGGAGGCAGCCCUAAAAACAAUGCAGCUGAGACAGAGGACGAUGAGAGUGAUGGGGAGGAUAGAGGAGGAGGCACUUCAGGGUCAUUGAGAAGGUCAAAACGAAAUUCAGACUCUACGGAGUUGGCAGCACAGAUGAAUGAAAGUGUUGAUGUCAUGGAUGUCAUCGCUAUUUGCUGUCCAAAGUACAAAGACCGACCACAAAUUGCAAGAGUAGUGCAGAAAACCAGCAGUGGCUUCAGUGUUCAUUGGAUGGCAGGCUCCUACAGUGGCUCCUGGACUGAGGCUAAGCGCCGUGAUGGCCGCAAACUGGUGCCUUGGGUAGACACUAUUAAAGAGUCAGACAUUAUUUACAAAAAAAUUGCUCUAACGAGUGCUAAUAAGCUGACUAAUAAAGUGGUUCAGACUUUACGAUCACUGUAUGCCGCCAAGGAUGGGACUUCCAGCUAAUGAAUUUGUACAUGCAGCCAAAUUCACAGGAUUUGAAAUAACAGAAAAACUUGAAAUACCAACUUUCUGGCAAAAAAAUCAGUAAAAUGAAGAGUAAGAAUGGAACCUGGGACGCAGGAAAAAAAGGAGGAAAUGUUUGGUAAACAUUUUUGUGGGAGCUUCCUUCGCUGUUGUGCAGCAGAAACUUCUUAGUUCAUUUUUACUCCCACUGUAUUAUAGUUUAACAAAAAAUUGUUUAUAUCUUGAAAAAAACUUUCUGUUUAAAAAAAAUAAACAAGUGAAUGUUGGAAACUAGUCUGUUAAUGUUCUUAAUAAAGUGUUCUUGGAGUUUAACCUAGCAGCGGAUGGCUUUCUUUAGCUUAGCCCAGUUUCCAGGGAAGCAUUGUUUUUCCAGGCUGUAAAAUGCCAGGAUCUCCUGGAUAUAUAAUUUAUUCUGUUGAGAAAAAAAAAAGAAAAAAAAAAAAGGAAAAAAAAAGCAUGCAGUAUCUAUGACCUAUCUGCAGGAGGAGUUUUUGUAAAUGUAGAUUUUGAUGUAUUAGGUCACCCUGAAAUAAUACAAGAAAAGGGAUCCCCAGCAAAUCUGGCGGAACGAAUACUGCAAUAAAUUUUUUUACUUCUCUUUGUUACUUGUCUGUUUCCAUUUGAAUUUCUUAUUGUAAAGAUCUGUUUAAAACCAUUUAUAUUAUUUUGCAGUCUUUUAUGUAAAAUUUACUAUAACAGUGGUUUUCAAAACAAGACAUAAAAUAUUGUUUAUACAGUUUGUAUAGGCUGACUUCUGAAUAAUUGGUAUCUUUUUAUUUUUAUCCCUUAAAGGGUGUAAACACAAGUUAACUCCAGGGUUUUAUUGUAUCCUGCAAUAUUUAGUAUUAACUAUAUGAUUUAGCACUGUGCCAAACACAUUUUCAAGAGUACAUUUUGAUAUAAAAGAAACUAUAGUUUA